AUGGAGGAAAUUUUUGGCGACGGAGGAGGAGUUGCGACGCCGGUGCCGCUUUCGGUUUCGGGAUCUUUCCGAGAAGGGAGAGGCUCGUCGAGGAGACGCGGCUCGGCUAGACAGCCGAGCAUGGAGGCGGAUGAGUUCAUGAAUUUGUUGCACGGUUCGGAUCCGGUGAAGGUGGAACUUAAUCGGCUUGAGAAUGAAGUUCGAGAUAAGGAUAGAGAGUUAUCAGAAGCACAAGCUGAGAUUAAAGCGUUGAGGCAUUCUGAACGAUUAAGAGAAAAGGCAGUUGAAGAGCUGUCUGAAGAGCUGUCAAAGGUUGAUGGGAAGCUAAAGUUAUCAGAGUCUCUAUUAGAAAGCAGAAAUCUUGAAAUAAAGAAAAUCAAUGAUGAAAAGAAAGCAUCAAUGGCAGCUCAGUUUGCAGCAGAAGCUACUCUUCGAAGGGUUCAUGCUGCUCAAAAGGAUGAUGACAUGCCUCCGAUAGAAGCAAUUCUUGCCCCUUUGGAGGCUGAACUAAAACUUGCUCGGCAAGAGAUUGCUAAACUACAAGAUGACAACAGAGCUUUAGACCGUCUUACCAAAUCCAAAGAAGCUGCACUACUUGAAGCUGAAAGGACUGUUCAGUUUGCCUUGGCUAAGGCCUCCAUGGUGGAUGAUCUCCAAAACAAAAAUCAAGAGCUGAUGAAGCAGAUUGAGAUUUGCCAGGAAGAAAACAAAAUUUUGGACAGAAUGCAUAGACAAAAGGUGGCAGAGGUUGAAAAGCUCACCCAAACUGUGAGGGAACUAGAAGAGUCGGUCCUUGCCGGUGGUGCAGCAGCAAAUGCAGUGAGAGAUUAUCAACGGAAAGUUCAAGAAAUGAAUGAAGAAAGAAAAACUCUUAAUAGGGAAUUGGGCCGUGCCAAGGUAACAGCAAACAGAGUAGCUGUUGUGGUUGCAAAUGAAUGGAAAGAUGCUAAUGAUAAAGUCAUGCCUGUCAAACAAUGGCUUGAAGAACGACGAUUCUUGCAGGGGGAAAUGCAGCAACUCCGUGAUAAGCUUGCUAUAGCUGAGCGCACUUCAAAAUCUGAAGCACAGUUGAAAGAAAAAUAUCAAUUACGGCUUAAAGUGCUAGAGGAGAGUUUGAGGGGCAAUUCUAGCAGCAGUAGUCGCAGCACUAUAGAGGGAAGAAGUAUGAACAAUGGUUAUUCUCGUCGCCAAUCACUGGGUGGAGCUGAUAAUAUCUCAAAACUAACCUCUAACGGGUUCUUGCCUAAGAGAGCACCAUCCCCUCAACUCAGGAGUAAAACGUUACUGAGUGGAGGAGCACCUCAAACUCAAAGUUACUCAUUCAACCAAUCUCUUGAAGAAACCAAAGAGAGAGACGCUGAUGAUAAUUGGAAAGGAAGUUCAGGUGAUAAGCCAAAUGACUUCCCACCAGGGGAUACAGAUGAUAGUAUUCCAAGUGUUUUAUAUGACCUCUUGCAGAAAGAAGUUAUUGCCUUGAGGAAAGCUGGUCAUGAGAAAGAUCAAAGCCUAAAAGACAAAGAUGAUGCCAUUGAGAUGUUAGCAAAGAAAGUAGAUACAUUAACCAAAGCCAUGGAAGUUGAAGCAAAGAAGAUGAGAAGAGAAGUAGCUGCCAUGGAAAAGGAGGUAGCUGCUAUGCGUGUCGAGAAAGUACAAGAGAACAGAGCAAAGCGGUUCAGCAAUUUAAAGGGUCCUGUAAACAGUGCUCAAAAUCAGCUAAUUUCUGGAAGAAAUGUGACACGGGGAGGAUUAACACGCAGCACUCAAUAA